AUGGAUUUCGGUCAAUUAGUUUCAAAGCUCAGCAAAUUGCAGAAACAUAAGUGGUUUUUUGACAUGGAUGUUGAGAAAUUGCGCAUGAGAUUGAUACACCAAUACUGGCUGGAAUUGCCAUUUCUAGAUGAUGAAGAUUACAGUACUUAUUUCAUCGUCAAGGGCUUCAGUGAUUACCUUAAGUUGAGACAAAGACUUGAUCAAGAUAUGAGUCACUUAACCGAAGACCUUCUACUGAAGUUGAAGUUGUCAAGAGCUCUCUUUUUCUUUGCUGCAAUGCAAGGUGUUGACAAGAUGCAAUUGAUAGAUCUGUUGGCUCACUAUACAUUUCUGGCCGUGAAUGCUGAAUGCCUGAGAAAAGUAUAUUGGUCUGUUUGUUUCAAAGGAGAGGUGUUCAAGGACAUCCAACUUGAAAUUUGUCACCUGCAAUGCAAGAUUAAGCUUGUUGAUUUCCAAUUUCAUGUAACAUCUGUACGCGUCCUGAAAGCCCUGCUGAAAGCUUCAAAAGUGCUAUCAAGGUCACCACUCACUUUUGCUCCAGAGAAGAAUAAGUAUAUAGCGGAGGAAUUUGUUGAUUCUCUCCUUGGUGCUUUUAGGCAGAUACUAGAAUGUCAUGCCAUGUUUACAGUUUCCAUGCACGAUCAGAUGCAGAAACUUCAUGAGGGAGUAAAAUUCCUGAGUAUUCUUCUCCAUGUGAAGCAGGAGAAGUUCUAUGCGCUAUCUGAUGGAAUGAAGGAUCGAAUUGGAGAUAUGAUCAUUGAUGCAGGAAUUGUUAUUUGCUCACUUUCUGUGAGUAAAACAAAAUAUAGCUUAGCAAAGGAAACAGAUCUCGCACUUCUUCAUUUGUUGAAAGACCUUCAAUUUGUGAUGGAAGAAGUUGCACAAACUUAUCCGCCAACUUCAUCAUCACUUAGUUUCCCUAGGACCAACGAGUUGGGCUCCAUUGAUUUCUUCUUAGAAAAUCUCAAGGAACUAGCAACUUCUGACACUGGUUCAAUUGCUUUUCCAAAGGAUCAAAUCCAAAGAGUUCAAGAAGAUCUUAUAUUUUUAAGAUCUUUCCUAUGGAAAAUUGUGAAGCUGCGCAGCCAGAAUGGAAAACUUCAGGCUCUUUGGGAUCGUGCUAUGGAGGUGGCCUACAAGACAGAGUUAAUCAUUGAUUCUGUUGUGCUUGGGGAUAAACUUGAAUGUUUGGAUACCGUUGCAGGAGAUAUCAAGCAUGUGAAGACUGAGGCCCUUAAACUCUCUGACAGCAUCAGGAGUGACAAUGAAGCACAGAGAGUUACCAAGAAAUCUAUUCACUUGGAAUCACAACUCAGUACCCCAGCACUGGAUGAAGUUCUGGUGGGUCUUGAUGAAGAGGUAAAGACAAUUACAAAUAGACUUACUAAGGGUUUAAAGAAGCGGGAUAUUGUUUCAAUUGUGGGUAUGGCUGGACUUGGUAAAACAACAUUAGCCAACACAGUUUACCACCAUCCUUCAAUUUUAAACCACUUUCAUAUUCGUGCUUGUUGUACUGUUUCUCAAGUAUAUAGCAGGCACAAUUUGUUAGUUCAGAUUUUAUGUAGUGUGGUUUAUAGUUUUGCUGACCACUCUGUGAAGGUGAGCCCUGACAAAUAUCUGAGGAUGGAUGAAGAUGAUUUGGCUGCAGAGUUAAAGAAGGUUUUGUCGAGAAACAUGUAUCUCAUUGUUUUGGAUGAUGUGUGGGACAUUGAAGCAUGGAAUUUGUUGAAAGAUUCACUACCAGAUGAUUCCAAUGGAAGCAGGAUUCUCUUUACUAGCAGGUUUCAGAAUUUGUCUUUGCAAUUUAAGCCUGAUAGCAAGCCUUACCAUCUCCGCCAACUUACUGGCGAAGAGUGUUUUGCACUGCUUCAGAGGAAGAUAUUUGGCAAAAAAAAUUGUCCUUCCACACUAACCAAAGUUUUAAUUCAAAUAGCAAGUAAGUGCAAGGGGUUACCUCACACAAUAGUCAUUUUUGCUGGAAUUCUUUCAAGAAUAGAGCAAUAUUGCUGGCAAGAAUUUGCAGACAGCCUUAGUUCCAGCACUCCUGUGAAGACUGAACCAUUGGAGCUGAGUUACAGUCAUCUACCUGAAUAUUUGAAGCCAUGCCUUCUUUAUUUUGGUGCAUUUCGAGAAGACCAAGAUAUUCCUGUUCGAAGGUUGUUAUGGCUUUGGAUCUCUGAAGGAUUUGUCCAAAAGACAGAAGGGAAGAGCUUAGACGACAUGGCAGAAGACUACUUGAUGGAUUUGGUUAGUAGAAGUUUAGUUACGGUUACCAAACAAAGAACUACAGGUGGUGCAAAAACGUGUCAAAUUCAUGAUUUGGUACAUGAGUUUUGUUUGGCAAAAGCUAAACAUGAAAGUUUUCUACAGAUUUUACACGGGGAUAGUGACAUUUCUACUUUUACAGGGCCAUGCCCCCAUCGACUGUGUAUUUACUUGAUCAAGGAAGAGGAGCUUGAGAAGAUGAGGCUGUAUUUUCCCAAUUUGCGCUGCUUGUUCGUCUUUAGUUAUUACCAUUGGAACUUUAGCUGGAAGGUUAUAAAGCUGCGUGAUGGUUCCCCUGGGUUUCCAGUACUAAAACUUCUUAGAGUGUUGGAUCUGGGGGACUUUGAUUUUGGUACAAGUUUUCCAAUGGAAGUAGUAUUCCUUGCUCAUUUGAGAUUCUUGGCGAUUCACGGACACAUGAAGGACAUCCCAUCUGCAAUAGACAACCUCUCAAGGCUGGAAACUUUUCUGGUAGAAGGAAACUUUGAUGCAUGA